AUGAGGCUGGAGCGAAGGCCUGUGUCCGUGGAGAGGACCAAAGGCUCCGAGAUCUUGUUUGGGAUCGCGCCGUGUUCCCUGGCGCUCUCCCAGUCCAGGAGGGACCUGUUCAGGUUGUUCCUCAAGCAGAGCAGCGGCUCUCGGCGGCUUGUCACGAGUGAGUUUGUCCUUCAGGCCACGGCGCGGGGCGUCCCCGUGCACCACGUCCCAAGGAGGGAGCUGGAUGCUCUUUGCCGGGGUCAGGUCCACCAGGGAGUCUGUUUGGAGGCCUCUCCGCUCCGUUUCAAGAGUUUGGAGGAAGCUGAAAAGCCCCAUUUGGGGGAUGAAGAGAAUCCGAACCAGCAGCUGAUUUGGCUCGUGCUGGAGCAGAUCCAGGACCCCAUGAACCUGGGGGCACUGCUGCGCUCGGCGUACUUCUUGGGGGUGGACAGAGUGGUGACAAGCCAGAGAAACAGCUGCCCAUUGACUCCGACAGUGAGCAAAGCUAGCUCGGGAGUGAUGGAAGUCUUUGAUGUCUACAGCACAGAUGAUCUCCGGGGCUUUUUGAAGGCUAAAACCGCAGAGGGCUGGGAAGUCGUGGGAACUGUCAGCAACCCUGAGGAUGUGGAGAAUGUUCCUGUCAUCAGUUGCUUGGAAUUUCAGUGGAAUAAACCCGUUAUUAUAGUAAUAGGUAGUGAAGGUGAUGGACUUUCCCUCGAGACGCAGUGCUUGUGCCAUCGGAUGCUGGCCAUACCCUCUGGCAGAGCGCUUCACCCUGGGAUCGAGUCGCUGAACGUCUCUGUUGCUACUGGUAUUAUCCUGCACUCCAUCUGCAGCCAGAAGCUGAGGCACGGCGACUGA